AUGGUAUCCUUUGAUGUUACAUCCUUUUUUACUUCUACUCCCAAGGACCUGGUGAUCGAGACAAUCGAGCUGCUACUCCAAAGCAAAUGCGAUGAAACGGAGAAUCGUCUUGGACGCGCCCAAGUCCUUCAUCGCCUGAAGCUCUGUCUCAGGACGUACUUCACGCUCGACGGGAAAAUCUACAAACAGGGGAAGGGCACACCAAUGGGUUCGCCCAUUUCGGGAUUCAUCGUCGAGGCGGUCCUGCAACGGUUAGAGUCGCUGGUCUUCCAACACCACAGACCGAAGUUCUGGGUCCGGUAUGAGGAUGAUACCUUCGUCGUUCUCGACCGGGAUCGACUGCUGACAUUUAAGGAACAUCUGAAUGCGGUCUUCCCGGAGAUACAAUUUACGAUGAAGGAGGAAGAGAACAACCAGCUGGCCUUCCUGGAUGUCCACGUAUGCCGCAAAGAUUGUGGUGGACUAAAGACCAAAGUGUUCAGGAAAGCGACAAAUACGAUGCAAGUACUGAACUUCAACAACAACCACCCAAUCAGCCACAAACGCAGUUGUGUAAGGAGGCUCUAUCGGCGUGUCGAAACGCACUGUAGUGAGCCGGAAGACAAGAUUGUCGAACUACAAUACCUCCGACGGAUAUUCAAAGCCAAUGGCUACUCGCGCAACUUCGUCAGCCGAUGCAUACGCAAAAGGGACGAAAGGCCUAACCACACGGACACCAAAUCUUGGCGAGCGCUUCCGUAUGUCAAGAACGUUUCGGAAGCUGUCGGUCACCUUCUCGCACCACUUGGGUUUGGAAUUGCACACAGACCGGAGGCAACCAUCCGGCAUCAGGUAAUGAAACCGAAAGGCCCGCUGCUACGGCUAGAAACAUCAAGAGUCGUCUAUCGGAUCUGGUGCAGUUACGGACAGAUCAACUACGUCGGAGAAACCGAAAGACAACUCCGAAAGCGAAUGGCCGAACACGCUGCAGCGGUGCGGAGAAAUGACGCCAGCUCUCAAAUUGUGGCUCAUUGGACGAGAUCCGGCCGCACAUUCAAAUUCGGCGAGGCCGAAAUUGUUGCAAGAGGUGACAAUUGCGUGAGCCGGGAGCUGCUUGAAUCAUGGUUUACAGACCCCCAGUCCACAAACAAGUGCAAUGACCUUUCCCUUCCAUACUCCGUGCUAAGACUUCGCCUAGGCGGAGUAAUUAGCCAAGCGGGAAACGCACAGGUGAUCACUUUUCCCAACUCCAGGGUCGGUGGGUCAGGUGGUCGAGCGAUCAUCACACCAGCAUCCAACGCACGUGAUGAAAUUGCAGCAAUUGACGACGCGAAUAUCGUCCAUCAAACAGUCAGCACACCAAGUGCAACGAUCCCUGAUGAAGAGGGGUAGGGGCGGGCGGAGCCGUGAAUAUUCAUAGGUAUGCGGUAGCAUGGUGACUUCAUCCUAUAAAUACUGCAGCCCCUAGUGCAUGAACCACCCCUAUCUGCUUUUGUCUCUGAUGACGGGUUCGAGCGGGAAUCCGAAACGUCAGGCUAAUAACGCUCUUGUCUCAGCGAUUCUGUCUCCUACAAGACAUUUUGUCAUGUUGGAAGGUGUUGGAUGUUGGAGUCAGGGGUUAAGCGCGUCUGAGACUUUAGAUCUUCUCUUUUUGUUUUAAUUGUGACGAUCCGAUCGGCUCCAUAAAUUGCUGUUCCAGUCUUCACUGCUCUUCUUUAGGCCGGUCACUUCUGUGCGAGGUCUUUCCAGGACCUCGGGUUGCUUUAUAAUCGCUUCAGAGAAUUCUCCGAAGUGUCCUUAAGGGGCAGGUUUGACCUCCCUGUCGACGAGUACCUGUUGCGAGAUCUCCAAAUGAACUCGUUUUGGUAUUUUGUCGCCAUCCAUCUUCACGAGGUUGGUGCGCCAUCGUAAUUGCAUUUGCCUUAGUAUGACGUGUAUGCUGAGGAUUCCGGUUCGCUCCAGAAAUUCCCUGUCGGGGAACCUAUCAUGCCACCUCUACUUUAGUGUCUGCCCGAGACAGUUGAGGUGGAACUGAUGGAAUUUUCGCGUUUGUUUCUUACAGUCUGUGCAGGUCUCUUCACCAUUCAACAGCGUCGUCAAGAUGACAGCUUUGCACAUCUUAAGUUUGAGGUUGAGGCAGAGACCGUGGCGAUCCCAUACGGAGUUUUGCGGACGUCCAAAAACCUGACUGGCUUUAGAGAACCAUAG